AUGGCCCGGCGGUUUAAAGCAAGGGGUUAUAAUUGGACAGAGCUUAUGCGUACCAAGGCCAAAGUCCUGGGAAUGGAUAGAGGCCAGUUAUUAAAACCUAGAGAGGCAGCACUCACUCCAAUGCAGAAUAAAAUACCAUUUGUGCAGAAGUGGUCCACGGUCAGUAAGGAGGUAAAACAACAUGUAAAGGAUAGCUGGCCCGUUAUCACAACAGAUAAAGUGCUAGGUACUCUAAAUGACAAAUCAUUACUGCAGAGUUACACGAGGAACAAGAAUUUGAGGGAUUUAUUAGUACAUAAUGAUAUUUCCAACUAUAAGGACAGCCCCCUAAGCAUUCCUAAUGAGGAAUCUGAUCUCCAUAUGUGUAGUGACAACAAUGUAAUGAGACCAGAUUUGCCAUAUGAUGUUAGUAAGAAUAGGUAUAUUCAGUUGCAAUAUGUCAGAUAUAGGACACACAAUGAUAUGGUUAAAAAAGAAGUUGGCGAUAUUACCAUCCUAAUUAACAAUGCUGGUAUUGUGUCUGGAAAAAAAUUCAUAGACUUACCUGAUGCCCUUUUGGAAAAGACCAUGCAAGUGAACACUAUGGCACAUUUCUGGACCUAUAAAGCUUUCCUUCCUGCUAUGAUGGCCUCCAAUCACGGGCAUCUUGUGAGCAUUGCGAGUUCUGCUGGGCUUAUUGGAGUAAAUGGACUUGCAGAUUAUUGUACUAGUAAGUUUGCAGCUAUCGGCUUUGCUGAAUCGGUGGGCCUUGAAAUGUUGGCUCUGGGGAAAACAGGAGUGAAGACCACAAUUGUUUGUCCGUAUUUCAUAAACACUGGAAUGGCUGAUGGAUGUUCAACAAAAUGGCCUCAAUUAAUGCCAAUUUUAGAGCCAGAAUAUGCGAGUAAGAAAAUUGUGGAUGCGAUCUUAAAAGAACAAGUGUAUCUAGUGAUGCCUCGCAGUCUGUACAUCAUUUUUGCUUUCAAAAACAUUAUAUCUGCAAAACUGGGAGUUGUGCUGGGAGAUUACAUUGGAGCGUUCCAUUUCAUGGACCAUUUCAAAGGCCAUGGCAAAAAGGACUAACUGCAAGAUAUACAGUGAUCGGAAUUAAAAUGACCAGGGAAUGUAGAACCUACUUCCGUAAUAAGUACAUAAAUACACAUCUCAAAUACUAGGGGUCCAAAAAUAAGUCACAAGACUUUCGAUGAAGAGUGCUUUAUAGAGAGAUUUGUUUGCUAGGUACAGGUGCAGUAAAAACAUUAAAAAUUAGUGGAAACAGAAGCAAUGUAUAAUAUCAAAACAACAGAAUGUGCUGUUUUAAUUGUUAAAAAUAAGUUUAAGUGUAUAAAGGUGUUUUUAACUAUC